AUGGCAGACGGGCACAUUUCUGAUAAUGAAGAAGGGCACAUUGAGAACCCCAUUGCGACGUUUCAGGCUCUUUCUGCUGAAGGUGACUUGCUCUUACAAAAGGGAGCAUUUCAGGAGUCUAUCGAGGUGUAUACCAGAGCAUUGGCGAUUCGCCCAACUGACAAGCAUUGUCUGGUCUGCCGCUCACGCUGCUACAUCCAAAUUGGAUCCCCUUCUCUAGCACUCAAAGAUGCUGACCUUUCGCUUAAAGAAGAUCCGUCGUAUUUUAAAGGCCAGUACCAAAAAGCAGAAGCCCUUUAUGCCCAAAGUGAUUUUGAACUCGCACUCAUGUACUAUCACCGAGGUCUUCGGCUUCGACCCGAACUGAGCGAAUUUAGAACAGGUAUUCAAAAAGCUCGCGAAGCAAUCGAUAAUUCUAUUGGAGAUGCCAGAACUAUGAAAAUACAUGUUCCUGCAAAACUAAGAAGGGAUUUGGCAGUUUUGGCAGCUGCUCAACCCACCAUGCCUGAUGGGUCUACACAUCAACGUCAUGCAAAAGCUACUGGAUCACAAUCCCAACAACAACAAAUGCAAACAAACUAUGGAGUGGAUGGGGAAAAUAACCGUCCUUAUUAUCUCACUGGCAGUCUAACCCCAGCAAUGGAGAGCAAGCUGCUGGGUGAGCUGUAUGAAGACAAGGUAUUUUUACAAGAGUUGUUGACUGAUCAUGAUUUGGCAAGUUAUCCUGACGAGCAAGUCAAGUCAUUGGUCAAUGAAGGCUUGAGGUAUCUCAACACUCGCGUCGAGUUUUGGCGACAACAACAUCCAUUGUAUGCUCGCAAGCACGAAAAGCCUAUUCAGCCCAGAAUGGAAAGACGAGUAUUGCCAAAACAUGUGAUUGAUUCUACUGGUACUAACAAGGAACAUGGUCGUACUGCUACCCAUGAAGUCCCUAUUGGGAAUGCUAGUCAAUCUCGUGAACCUCGCCAGAUUUCUGAUAAACCCACUCGUUCUAGUAUCCAUCCCACUACCAACCAUACACGAACAUCAGCACAGACCCACCAAAAAAAGCCUACGGCCACUUUGUGAGUUGAUUAGAACUCAAUCAACAGUAAUUUAGUUGAAUAAACUGAUUGAUUAC